AUGGCUUCAAAAUCAAUGGUUCUUCCACCUUUAGUUCCAUACCCUAAGCUAUCAUGGAGGUCAAAUAUACUACCAAAGGAAUGGGAGGCUUGCUUAGAUGCUUGGAUUUCUCUAUUUGAAGUACACCUCUCAUUUUCGACUCUAGACUUUACCCGGACGGCAGUAAAGGACGAAUCACUGCCAAACUUCCUAGCAUCUUACUUUGCUGAAUUAGCUCUAUCACAUGACGAGAACCCAACGAGCAAGUCCUUGAAGCCUAAGCAACUUCGCAAGCAAGCAUAUCUUUUGUUCUACAGACUUAUGAGCGUUGAUAAGUCUCCCGAGUCUUUACUGCGUUGGGAAGUUCUCUCGGAUCUGUGUAAAGUUUAUGGAAAAGAAAAAGGUGGCAAAAUCACAACAUUGGCAUGGAGCAAGCACUCUACGACCAUCGAGGCUUCUUUGAGCAGUAUCAAGAGCUUGUUGACAGAAGAGCUGGAUGCUGGGCUCAAGGGAGAUCUCAAAGGUUCAGAGAUACAAUUGAGACGGUUAAAUCACCUAUUACAUGCUUCUCCUGAAGCAGCUUCUUUCUUCAUGGCAGGGGAUGAUUUCGUGGAUUCUCUUAUAAGCUGUUACAAGCUCAUGAACCCACCUUUACGCAAAGUCAUUAUUUCCUCUACUUAUCUUUGUAUAAUUGGACUCACAGAAGGCCCAAAACCAAGACUUUCAUCUCUUGUCGACCAACUUUAUUCCUUGAAUGCUGCGGCGGAAGCGCAUAAGAACGGUCCAACCAAUGUGAACGAUUCACUGGUUGCAGAAUUGGUUACAGUCACACCGGUGCUAAAGCAAAUUCAACAAAGAAUUGAUGCGAGUGGUUCGGGAUCUAGCAGAGCGAGGUCUGUGAUCACUACUUUGCAAGGCUUUCGCAAACCUGGAGGCAGUGGAAGACCUCCCCGUCUUGUCAAGAAGAAACCAAAUAAGGGCAAGGGGUUGACGGAGGCUGAUGAUCAUAUGACUAGCAACAUACAUGUUCAUCAGAUGAGUCUAAUAUCACAAGUUCAGGAUCUGUUCCCAGAUCUUGGAUCAGGUUUCAUUGUGAAGCUGCUUGAGGAGUAUCACGAUAAUACAGAAGAAGUUAUAUCUCAUCUUCUGGAUGGAUCUUUACCACCAAGCCUGGAAUAUGCUGAUCAAUCGGAAGAAUUAUCACUUCCUCAAGAACCCUCUUUAAGUCACGCUGACCUAGCACCCCAUUCAACCCCUCCACAAAUCCCUACUCGUCGCAACAUAUUCGACGACGACGAGCUUGACCAACUCACAGUUGAUGCUUCUCGUCUACAUUUCGGUCGUCGCAACCCCGACCAAACAGCCGAUGAUGUACUCCAAGAUCGCUCUACCGCCCAUAAUAAAGCCGCCAUUCUCUCUGCCCUUGCUGCUUUUGACUCAGAUGACGACGAAAGAGACGACACCUAUGAUGUAGCCGAUGUAGGCGGGACAGUUGACUCCACCAACCCUGAAGAACCCAACCCCGAGAACUCAUCACAAAAUGCACAUGAUGAGGCACUAUUCCGCGCCUUUAAAUCAUCACCAAGUAUCUUUGCUAGAGAUGCAACCACUCGUAGAAGCAAAGAAAGAGCAGCCAUCAAACAGGAAACUGGCAUGACGGAUGAAGCUCUCGAGGGAUGGGCCGUAAUGCUCUCUCGCGACCCUAGACAAAUGCGACGACUCGAAACAAGAUUCGCUACUUUCAAGGGUGAACAAGGGGGGUUGGAAAGUACGGCAUGGAGAGCUGUUGAGGGAGAAGAGGAUGGGAAUGGUAAUGGAAAUAGAGGAAGGGGUGGAAAAAUUAGGGGACAAGGAAGAGGUGGGAGGGGCGGUGGUAGAGGGGGAAGAGGCGGUGGAAAUGUGGCGGGUACAAGUGGUGAUAAGGAGACUGAUGUGGCCAGGCAGAGGAAAGAGGCAAAUAAGGGAUCUAGUGCUAAUCAUAAUCGGAGAGAUGGGAGGGCGAAAAAAAUGGCUAGAGGAGGCUUUCCCGGGUAG